AUGAAUACAGCAGCUGCUGCACUUUUUGUGGAUUUUAGUUCCGCUUUCAACCAACUGUGGUUCAAUGGUCUCUGGUUGAAACUAACGAAACUAAAUUGUCCACUCUACCUAAUGCAAUGGCUGCGACAUUAUCUCAAAGAAAGGAAAGCUUACAUUGGUAUUGAAGAAACAUCGUCCAUCACUUUCAACUUAUCAAAGGGAGUUCCUCAAGGAAGUUGUGUGGCGCCGGUGUUGUCCAUUGUCUAUCAUUAUGAUAUACUGGAAGCACUAUCAACAAUUCAUUGGAAACAUCUGUACGCCGAUGAUCUGGCCAUACUAAUUGCUCCGUCAUCUGCAUUAUCAUCGAUAAACAUGAUUGAAUCGAUGAUUGAACAAUUAAAACAAGUGCUAGUUUGUCUAAUUAAAUAUUCUAAGAAAUGGAAACCACCUAUCAACUAUGAAAAAACGUUCUGGACACUUUACAAUCAUCAAAAAUACGCACAAGCAUCAACGUUUUCAAAAGAUUAG